AACCACCGCUAUCCUUGUGAAUUGUACCAGAGACUACAAGUGAAACCAUAUCCAUACCCGUGAAAGGACCUGGUUCCUGCUCUUUCAACUAUCAAAGUCGACGCGCUACCUCCGAAGCUCUUUUUUUUUUUAAUUGUCCGACGCUCUCCCAACCGCUGGCGCGAGCAGCCAUGGCAAAUCCGGCGCUAAACUUCAUCACUUUCAAUCAAGACUACAGCUGUCUUGCUGUCGGGACAUCCAAAGGAUUUCGUAUUUACCACACCGAUCCAUUCUCUCGCAUUUUCAGUAGUGAUGAUGGCAACAUUGCUAUCAUUGAAAUGCUCUUUUCGACGUCUCUUGUCGCUCUUGUCCUAUCGCCCCGGCACCUAGUAAUACAGAAUACUAAAAGAGCGUCAACCAUUUGCGAACUCACAUUCCCGUCAGCGGUUCUCGCAGUUCGACUCAACAGAAAGCGAUUGGCCGUGAUUUUGGAGGAAGAAAUUUAUCUCUAUGACAUCAGUAACAUGAGCCUUAUUUAUACCAUACCGACAUCCCCAAAUCCGUCAGCCAUCUGCGCUUUGUCUCCUUCGUCUGAGAAUUGCUACAUCGCAUACGCAUUGCCAAAACCACGGGAAGAGCCGGAGUCACGAAGGCCCUCACAUGCUCCUCCUCAGUCGACCUACGUCCCACCAACAUCUGGUGAGGUUCUCGUCUUCGAUACACUCACCCUAAAGGCUGUCAAUGUUAUUGAAGCCCAUCGUUCACCGCUAUGCUGUAUAUGCCUCAACAGCGAUGGUACGCUUCUGGCCACAGCUAGCGAGACUGGAACCAUCAUACGAGUAUUUUCUGUGCCACGUGGGCAAAAAUUAUAUCAAUUUCGCCGUGGCACCUAUCCGUCUACCAUCUACAGCAUGUCAUUCAACCUGAGCUCAACCCUGCUGUGCGUUUCAUCGACAUCCGAUACUGUUCAUAUAUUCCGCUUAGGGGCCCCAGUUACCAAUUCCAAUCCUACCAUAACAUCACCAGAGUCACCUGCUAGACAAGACCGUUGGUCACGAAGGCGCAGCCAGGAUGAUGAAGACGGUAGAUUAGGUAGCCUCGCGACGGACUCUCCCAGAACAGAUUCCGAUGACCUUGGCAGCAGUCCAAGUACGAAAUCAACGCGAAGGCAGAGCGACUCCUUCAGCAACAUGCUUCGUCGUUCAUCCCAAAUAAUGGGGCGAGGGGUGGCAGGUGUCGUGAGCUCAUAUCUACCCCAAUCAGUGACUGAAAUGUGGGAGCCGAUACGAGACUUUGCUUUUAUUAAAAUCCCAAAGUCAUCAUCUGGUGCCAGUUCAAGCUUAUCGGGAAGCCCCCUCAGAAGCGUUGUUGCCAUGAAUAACAGCAGCCCUCAAGUGAUGGUAGUCACUAGCGACGGCGGGUUUUAUGUUUAUAAUAUCGAUAUGGAGCAAGGAGGAGAAGGAUACUUAGUCAAGCAGUUUUCUGUAUUGGAAGGGGACGAUAAACUAGACGCCGUAAACUAUGGGACAUAG